GUGCUCUCAUAACACAGUCACCACUCGUUUGUGUCCAUUGUUGUGGUCACUGAAGACACUGAAGACACCAUUUGUUUGACUAUUUUGUGCUCAAUUUAUUUUAUACAUAUCAUUAAACGUGUAUUUCAUUGAUAUCUAAUCGCCAAUUGAUCCCAAGAUGUCAUCGGUGGUGAGGUUUAGGCGCAUACGCGAUGACAGCCAUUACAUCUAUUUAGACAUUGAAUUAGACUUCGAGAGCGGAGACAAAACGGUGCCACCAAUUGGUGUCCGACAGUACAAACUGAUGAUAAUGUCGUCCAUUAGGUCACUGUUUGGUGACUUCGGGGCCAAACUUCUGGUCGAUUUGAUCCAAUACAGAGACCGAGACUUUCGGGCUAUCAUUAGGAGUAACGCCAAAGAUUUAGUUCGCAUAAGAAAUGCGUUAAUAAUGCCAUUGGAUUGGGAGCACAGGGUUUGCCGCUUCCGUAUACAUAAGAUCUCUCAUUCGUUGUCAUCGCUGGCCAUCGAUCCCAUCAAACCAUUAAUCCUCGACAAUGAUGUCUAAGACAGUGAUCUCUAUUUUUAUAGUUAAAUACCGUUUAAAGUAAAUAUCAAUUGAAUCCAAUGUUCAAUAAAUACAAGACAUCCACCAAUUAGUUGACAUACAUUUGAGUCAAUUAAUCGCAAACACGAUAUUAAUCUCAGUUUUUAAUCAAUGAUAACAUAAUUGUCUUUUAUAUACAGCAAUAAAAAAUGAAAAAACGAUUCAAUGAUAUAAUGGACACAAAAAUACGCGAAU